AUGAUUUACCUACAGCGUCGAUAUGGUGCCUGGGCAGGGAGUAUUCCCCCCCCACAACCACCCAGUGACCAGACCACUAGCAACCCACAUAACCCCCCAAGACAGCCCGAUGCUGGCACAUUGAAUGACACAGCAUGGCCAAAGGCAUUUCUCUCUGAUUUUGGAUCGAGGGUCUGGAUCACCUAUCGAUCAAAUUUCACACCGAUCCCACGAACAAAGACACCAGAAGCAACAUCCUCGAUGACACUGGGGGUGCGUCUGAGAAGUCAGCUGAUGGACCCCCAGGGCUUUACAUCAGAUACGGGGUGGGGCUGCAUGAUCAGAUCCGGACAAAGCCUUUUGGCAAAUACCUUUUCAGUUCUAUUACUAGGACGAGACUGGCGCCGGGGGGAGAAAGUGGAGGAAGAAUCAAAGCUAAUAUCGAUGUUCGCCGAUCACCCCGAAGCUCCCUUCUCCAUACACCAAUUUGUCAACCGUGGGGCAGAAUCAUGCGGAAAAUACCCAGGGGAAUGGUUUGGGCCCUCGGCAACUGCCAAAUGUAUCCAACUACUUUCAACCCAAAGCGAGAUCCCCCAAUUGAGGGUCUAUGUAACCAAUGACACAUCGGACGUCUAUGAAGACAAAUUUGCACAGGUGUCACACGAUAGCUCAGGUCGAAUUCAACCAACACUCAUCCUGAUUGGAACCAGGUUGGGAAUCGAUAAUGUCACCCCGGCGUACUGGGAUGGACUCCGAGCUGCACUGACGUAUCCUCAAUCCGUUGGCAUUGCAGGUGGACGCCCAUCUGCAUCGCAUUACUUUGUAGGGGCUCAAGACUGCCACCUCUUUUUCCUUGAUCCACAUACCACUCGACCUGCAACAUCCUAUCGAGCAGAUGGGCUGUACACCCAAGAGGAGCUAGAUAGCUAUUACACCAGCAGACUGCGGAGAAUCCAUAUCAAAGACAUGGAUCCCAGCAUGUUGAUUGGAUUUCUCAUCAAGGACGAAGAUGACUUGGCGGACUGGAAGAAACGAAUCCAAUCCACGCCUGGACAGCCCAUCGUGCACAUCUUCCCCAGUCAAUAUCAGUCAGAUCAUGGCCAUGGUCGAGCGGAGGCACUGGAUGAAGUCGAGGCGCUGGAUGAUUCAGAUGAGAUGGAGUGA